UCUUCUUCUUCACCUAACACUCUUUGCUAUCUAACCCUCUUUUCUUCACUUCUCUAUCUUCAAUGCUUAUUAUCAUCACUAUCUACUGCUAGACAUUUGCAUUUUAGAUUAUAAUUUUUUUGUCCAAAUAUUUAUAUAUAUAGCUGGGGUUAUUGCUGUUCAUUGUUUUUCUUGAGAAAUUUUGAAUGGGUUUCUCCUCUCUCCACGUCUGCAUGGAUUCAUCAGCAUCCGAUAAUAAUUGGCUUCAGGGCACAAUUAACGAGGAGGGUAGUACAGGGGUGGAUGAUUCUUCUUGUCCUUCCCCAACAGGGGACAUGAUGAUGAUUGCAUGCUCGAACAAGCUUCCAACAAUGAUCAUAGAAGGAAGUAGUAGUAGAAGACUAAUGACAAGACCCCCACAAGACCAACUAGCUCUAAAGUGUCCAAGGUGUGAGUCAACACACACAAAGUUCUGUUACUACAACAACUACAGCCUCUCACAGCCAAGGUACUUCUGCAAAUCUUGUAGAAGGUAUUGGACCAAAGGUGGCACUCUUAGGAACAUCCCUGUUGGUGGUGGUUGUAGAAAGAACAACACCAACAAGAAAUCCUCUUCUAAUUCCUCCAAGAAAUCAUCCAAUAAUAACGACAACAAUGAUCAACCAUCACCACUUCCUAUUAGUGUUAAUAUUAAUAAUCAAAACCAACCACAUUACCCUUCUAAUAAUGGUGGUUUCCCAGAUCUGCAUCAAUUCUCCUCUAACAUGAACAGUUUGUUUGGGAUGAGUAGUAUUGGUGGAGGGUUAUUGGGAAACCCUAACUUCAUGUUUGAGAAUAACGCUAGGCCGUUGGACUUCAUGAUGGAGAGUGGUAUCAUUAAGAGUGGUUCUAGGAGCUUUGAUUUCAUUGGAAAUAGUGAUCAUCAUCAUCAUUUGAUGAUGAAUGGUGGCGGUUACAAUUUGAUGACGUCAUCAUCAUCACCAAAUUAUCAAGGACUUUGCUCUUCAGCAUUUGGAGGAAAUAAUAAUAAUAUGUCACUUGAUGGAGGGAACAAUCACAACAACAACAGCAACAAUACUGGGAGUUACAACAUUAUGGGAUCUUGUCAGAGAUUGAUGUUACCAUAUGAUGAUUCAGGUGACAAUGGCAAUCAAAAUAGUUUGAUUGAUGUGAAGCCAAACCCUAGGCAAUUGUUGCCCCUUGAUGGAAAAGAGACAUUUGGGUCAUGGACUACUACAGGAAUGAUUAACAGCUAUGGAUCUUCCGCAACGAACCCUUUGGUCUAGUAACUAGUAAUCUUAAUAUAUAUUCAUAUGAUGAAGAUGAUGAUCCAUGCAUGUAUCUCUCUAAGCUUUGGCUAAUUUGUUCAUUCAGUUAAUUUAAUUUGUGACGUUCCUAGCUAGUUAAA